AUGAUAAACGAAAUAUCAAACACGUUCAUGGUUAAGAUGAAGUUUUGCGGAGACUUUGUGAAGACAGAAAGAAUGAAGAUCAACCGCUUUUAUGGUAUACUAAAGGCAGAAUUUAGAGAGUUCAUCACUCCCUCAAAGUGUGAAACCCUUGACGAGCUCAUCAAUCUGGCACGGGAUAGAGAAAUUGAAAUUAAGAGGCAAGAAGAACGUGGUGAAAAGAGGUCGAUAGAAAAGGGGACAAAUGCAAGUCCAUCUAAAAAGGUGAGGUUCCAUGAUCAGGGAAGGAAAGAUAAGUCGAAGGGUGGUAUUACUCCUUGCAAGACAUGUGGGAAACUCUAUACUGGGGAAUGCCUUUUGGGCAAGACGGGGUGCUUCAAAUGCGGUGAAGAAGGGCAUACAUCCUACAAGUGCCCUAACAACCCGAACACUUGUUUCAACUGUUUCCAGAAAGGGCAUGUUAAGUCGGAGUGUCCUAAACUUCAGCAAGGAUCAAAGAAGGAGGGAAAGAAUGAUGGAAGCUCUAAAACGAAAGGGAGGAUGUUUCAAAUCACAUCCGAAGAAGCCAACUCUCAUCCGAACAUGGUUUCAGGUAUUUUUCUAUUAAACUCCAUACCGGUUUAUGUUCUGUUCGAUACCGGGGCCACUAUGUCGUUUAUUUCGAAUGAAAUCAUACAACAUCCCUCAUUUAUGAUUGAACAAAUGCCGAUACCUUUAGAAGUAGAAAUAGCCGAUAGUAAGAACUAUGUGUUACACGAGAUUUGUAGAAAUUGCAAGUUCACUAUAGAAGAUGAAGAAUUCGAUAUCGACCUCAUACCUAUGGUUUUGGGGGAAUUUAAAAUGAUAGUAGGUAUGGAUUGGACGGCACGAUACCGCGCAGAUAUUAAUUGUGAAAAUAAGGUAAAGCUUGUCCAAUCUCCAAGUGGAAGACAACUGAGUAUUCAAGGGGAGAGAAAUGUGGAAAUAAAAUUGUGUACCCUUGUUCAAGCCGUUAAAUACGUACUUAACGGGAGUAGGGCAUACCUAGCUUAUGUAGUAGACGCUCGACAAAGCCUCCAGAAGCUUGAAGAUGUUGAGGUCGUGAACGAAUUUCCGGAUACAUUUCCGGAGGAAUUGUCGGGACUCCCUCCCGAACGAGAAAUAGAGUUUUGCAUCGAAUUAAAUCCGGGUGCAAAACCGGUAGCGAAGGCUCCCUAUAGAUUGGCUCCCACCGAGAUGCGGGAGUUAAUGACACAAUUACACGAUCUACUGGAUAAGGGCUUUAUACGCCCGAGUGUGUCGCCUUGA